CUGUGCUGGUGGGCGCGGUGCCCCGCAGCCUUCGGCUCGCUGGGAGACUGCGCAGGGGCCCACUGUCCAAUAAUCCGGCUCCUGGGGGGCGCCUGCCUCGGUUUACCCCUUGGCGUCUGGUGAAAUCCCGGCAGCGCCUAAGCAAAGAUCGUUCUGCUCCGCGAGGGAAACAGAGCCGUUGACUAUGGUUGCAACCGGCAGUUUGAGCAGUAAGAACCCGGCCAGCAUUUCAGAGUUGCUGGACAGUGGCUAUCACCCUGAGAGUCUGCUAAGUGAUUUCGACUACUGGGAUUAUGUUGUCCCUGAGCCCAACCUCAACGAAGUGGUAUUUGAAGAAACUACAUGCCAGAAUUUGGUUAAAAUGUUGGAGAACUGUCUGUCCAAGUCAAAGCAAACCAAGCUCGGUUGCUCCAAGGUCUUGGUCCCCGAGAAACUGACCCAGAGAAUUGCUCAAGAUGUCCUGCGGCUCUCCUCCACGGAGCCCUGCGGCCUCCGAGGCUGUGUUAUGCACGUGAACUUGGAAAUUGAAAAUGUAUGUAAAAAGUUGGAUAGGAUUGUGUGUGAUGCUAGCGUGGUGCCGACUUUUGAGCUGACACUUGUGUUUAAGCAGGAGAACUGCUCGUGGACCAGCCUCAGGGACUUUUUCUUUAGCAGAGGUCGCUUCUCAUCGGGCCUUAGGCGAACUCUGAUCCUCAGCUCAGGAUUUCGACUUGUUAAGAAAAAACUGUACUCUCUGAUUGGAACGACAGUCAUUGAAGAGUGCUAAGGAGGGAAAAACAAUGAAAGUUCUCUAAUGAGUGGAUAAUAAACCUCUGAAGCUACUCUAUCAGUCAUGUGUAGUUUGCCUGCCUGCUCUCACCAAGAACGCCCAAAUUUAGGUCAUCUUCCUUCUGUGUUCCUCGCCCAUAGCAAUUUUAUUAGUAGUAGUAUUAUCACUAUUACUACUGCUACUAUUACUUUCAAGACAUAAUCCAAGAGAGAAAUUGUCCAUAUCUAUAUAUCCAUAUGGAAUGGAAUGGAAUAAGGAAGAAAAAGAAGCAAUCCACUUCCAUUUUAUAUUUGUCUAAUAUUUACCAGGUUGUCUUAGUAACAGAAAAAGAGCCACUUUGCCUAAUUUGACUGUCAGAUGUCCAGGGCUUGCUGUUGUUGUGUUCUCUCCCUGCCCCUCUCCCCCUCCCUGUUCCCUCCCUCUCCCCUUCCCCCCUCCCUGUUCGCAGGGUGAUCUUCACAAUGACAGGACCUUACCAGAUGAUGCCCAGCCCAUCCAAAUAACAUAGUGGUCCUCAUCACCAGAUUCCCACUUGAAUUUAAAGGAUCCUUACACAACAGGGUACAGUCACAUUGAUAAGGUUUAUUAAAACAUCAUCUUAUAGAGAGUGAGUAAACAUCACAGUAACAAGAGCAUGGCCUUCCGGCCCAGUGUUCUCCCCACACCUGUGCCCAAGGGACAAAAGGCGUACAUCAUAUUUAAAUGAGGACAGGAUAACUUCCAGGGCCUUUGUCGUAUCACGUCAACCUGGUUUUCCUCGUUAUCAACUGUUGAAUGUCACUUUUUUCAUAUUGUCUUUAAUUAGAAAAAUAAAGGUGACACACUGGCUUUCUGUAGUUGAUUUGGACUGAGCAAAUAAUGAUUACCCAUCUGUAAAGAGGGAGAAGAGUAACCUCAGAAGCUGCUCCUUUCCAGUCCGCUUGGUAACACUGCUGCUUGGUGCCAGUAAGAUGCUUCAUGAAGCAUCUCACCACAUCAGUGCUGGCUCACCUCUGGCCUCUUCUGGGAACUGGACCAUCUUUUUAGUUACAAAUGUGUUUAUAUUUGCAGCGCCUGAUUUGACUUGGAGAUGUCGUCACUACUACAGACUAGAUAUGAAACUCCCGAGAACUUAAGACAACCACUGCACACAUCCAGGCUCUGUCCACCAUAUUCCAUGCCCACUCCUAGGAAACAAUAAAUGACCCGUUUUGGUUGGGUUUUGCCUUAUCCUGAGUACUUAAGUAAUUUUCUGUUUUUACGGCCAUGAGUUAAUUUACCCUUCACAUCACUCUGCUCUAUUCAGCAAGGUCUGUUCAUCACUGGGUCAUGGAAAGGAAUGAAUUCAGGUCUACUGGCUUUUAGUAUGAGUUCCUUCAUACACCUCAGGCACCAGCAUGGCUGGGAUAGAUGUUUUCAUCCUGACCUUACACAAUCAAGCCUGACGCAGUUACUAGUCCUGCUGGUGGCCUAAUGCAUCGUUGUCCCAGUGAGCAGGUGUUCUGUCAAAUUGUGCUCCUUGAAUGCUUGAACAGGCACUGCAAAGGCGGUCUUCAUAGGACUGGGCUGAUAGACAAAUCCCUGUUGCUUUGUAGGCUUGCAGACGUUCAGGGUUUUGAAAGUCACUGUAUUUCUGUAGCCAUUCGAGCCACUCCACCUGGGAGAAUGGUGAGGCUUUUCAGGCAUGGACAUUGAGCUUUUUCCCACUAACAGUUCUCGUUGGCUCUCUUUUGCCUAUUUGACUCACAAAAUAGUAAUUAAUGGCUUACAGAGGCUGUUGCAAAGAUAUUCCUGUUAAAGGACAUUAAAGUCUUGUCUAUUUUUUACAAUAAAACAUUAUACAUUCUUAAUUCUCAUGAACUCUUUGUUUUUUCUGCAUUUCUGUCAUGAUCACUCUCAGAUAG